GAUUUCUGUAAUUUGCUCAUAAUUUUACCCCUAGAUUAUGAAUUUAACGGUACACUUCUACAAAUCUGUUUAUGUCUGUCCUGUUGGUAUGUAGGCAGGCUCAAAAGAUUCAUUGGUGCAAGAAAGACAUAAACCUUUUACACAAAUAAAAUCCAGUCAUGUACUGUAUCUGUCUCUAUAGUUGUCCAUUAGGCAACUACCUAAAUUAAGCAGGCAACUCGACCUGUUUAUGUCUAAUCUUAGAAGUUCACCAAGUCCAAGUAGUGUUUUCUCCCUCAAAAAACCACAAACUUUAGUAGUUACCGACCAUGGUUGUGGUACAUUGGUGAACUGCUUCACUAUUAAACAGAUCUUAGAAGUUUUGGAUUCGAGCCUUGAAUAUAGAGAAAAUCUUAUUUAGACUGCGCGAUUCAAAUUUAGUCGAACUCCAAUGGGACCCGUGAGGAAAACAAAAAUAAAAUAAAAAAUCUAGGUAGCGAUACUAUAGUUAUACUCAAUUUUUUUUUCUUUAAUGGUGACACCACCAACUUUGCGGCACUCUAAGGCUUUGUCUUCAUGUCCUCCAUGUUUCUGUGAUUGUGAGGAGGAUCCCAUGUUCUCGCCUAUAGACAUCUUAAACAGCUCAUUGGCAGACUGUGGUAAAAAUGAUCCUCAGUUGAAUGAAGAGAUGAAAAAGGACAUUGCUACUUUACUAGCAGAGGAGAUUAACUUGCAAAAAAAUGUUACUGAUGACGUCUUGAAUCGCACCAAGGCUCUAAUUAUGAGUGCCAAAAGAGCAUCUUCACACUACCAAAAAGAAUCAGAGAAGUGCAACAUAGGGAUAGAUACAUGUGAGGGAGGGAGGGAAAAGGCUGAAGCUGCAUUGAUAGAAGAGCGCAAGCUCUCUGCACUGUGGGAGACUCGAGCCAUUGAGUUUGGCUGGAAGGACUAGUGAAGACUUUAUUCCAGGAAAAUUAACCAUUUUGGUCUCUGUUAGAAUUAGAAUAGAUAUGCACUUAUAUGCCUCUUUCCUUGUACACCCAUUUUGUGAAUAUGGUUUUCCCUUUUCGUCUGUCUUGGUUUUCAUUUCUUAUACUUCAGAUUGUGUUGAUUUCAGUUAAUAAUUUAAUUGACGUUUUUC